AAGCUGUUCUAUUGGCGCAGAAUCAGCAACUGACUGACUGGCAAUUUCAUUGACCAAUGGAUCGCAUUCGUUGGGUACAAGAAGACGAAGCAUUCAAAUGACGAUUGGCGGCAGAUCGAGCUCGUCAUGAUCACCACCAUUUCUGCGGCACGAGACAAGCAUGUCAUCCUUCGACCAUUAGGGCAUAUGCUAAGCUCUGCUAAGCAACCCGGCGCGCAUGGGUUCCGAACGAAAAGUGCUGAUUCAUUGCUUGUCAGCGCCGAGGGGUGGAAUUCAGAGAAUCACCCGAAUUCGCUUAGUGUCAGUGGGGGCUUCGAGGUUACAGUAGCCAGGCAGAUCGCAGGAGACACACGUCGACUUUUAUCGCAAGCUUGGCAGUCUCAUGACUACAGAAUGUCUGGCUGGGUCGUCAAUUACUUUUUCCGCCGACUUUCGGGGGUACCUGGACGGGCCAACGGCCUUCCCGAUCUUGAGUCCCUUCCGGUUCCGAGUGGAACUGCGGACAUAGAGAGCCUCGGACACCGUUCAAAGACCCAAUGACGGGUAAGGUGUCUUAAAGUCGAGAAUCUAAAUUCUAGAAUGCGUGACUCGCGACGGAGUGGAAAGAUGCGGAGGGAUAUUGAACCCAUAUUACGGGAGGGGAAAUGGAGCUGGAGAUGGAGAGGGGAAGACCAACUUGAGUGGAGAGCAACCAGAUUUUG